AUGCAGUUGCUUCCACCGCUUCUUAGUGUAAAUAAGCCCAAAUCCAGCGGAAAACGCACCGUCGAGAUAUGGAAUCGCAAAACGACUUCCAUCGGGUUUGCCUCGCCUCUGGUGAUAGAAGGUCACAUCGAAACUGGACCUGUAGAUGGUACCGAUGUCUGCUUCGGUUCCCCGUUCCCUCUCGCGUUCUUCUCUAUUCGAUUACGGUUCUACAGAUUUCAUUCGAUUGACUGGUUUUGCUCCAGUUGGUCUUCAACCGUUUCGACCCCUAAAUCGGUUGAAGGAAUACCUGUCGAUUUCCAGUUCGGAGCUUCAAUUGCGUUUCGACCUGUGCUUGCUCUAGCUAUUGGAUACACAAUAUCUAAGGAUCAUAUGGAGUUCCUCAAUGUGGAUUCAGAGAUUUCUAUGGGGUGCUAAUACAAUGAUGAAUAUUCCACAGUUUCCUUUACCUACACAUCAAGUUGUUGGGAGAGGUGUUGUUCCGGUUGAAUUCAAGGAUUGUAUUGUUGGAUCCGAUGCUGACAGGUCACAAACUACAAUGGAAAAGAUGAAAUAGAAUAUGAAGGUGCCCUACGUACAACUUAUCAAAAAUACAUCCGAAUGAGAAAAAAAGCUUUGGGGAAAGAUUCUUCAAAAAGAAAAAUGCUUUAUAGGCCAUUGGAACUAAAUGAAGAUGAUUAUGCUCGACUUUGCCAAAUCCCAAAAAUAAAGAAAUUUACCAGAGGUAAAAGUUGGAACAAAUAACAAAGUGGAAUGAGACCUUUCAGUUGAAAGAGUCAUGCUAUCUUGAGGAAAACCUUUGGUACUCUUAUUUAAACAUCAAAUCUAUUUAUAUUGAUUAAAGGGUAAAUUAGUAAAGAAACCAUUACAUUAUAUGGGUUAAAAAAAUUCGGUUUUGACAUGUUAUAGCAUGUCAAAGUAGUUAAUUUGAAAAAAACAACAAAAUUGUCCGAAAUAUAACGUUUUUUUUUGUAAUAUGUUUUUUUAUUAAAUAACUGAAUUUCAAUUACACCAUCAGCUAUAUAUUUUUCAUUAUAUAAAAAUGAAUGAUACGGGUUCCAAAUUAUGCUAUCAUCUUUGUUGGUGGAACUUCAAAAAAGUAAGUUUUUAUUUUUAUUUUUUUUAUUAUAAAUAUCUUAUUAUUUUUUAAUUUAAUAACUUUGGUUGCUAAAACUUACUAAUACAAUAAAUAAAAAACAGGGCAUUUGGUGGUUUGGGAAUGGAUGAUGUUGUCAAAACUGUAGUGGGUAGAGCCGAGCCACAUAACGAGGUUUGUAAAAUUUUAAAUUGCAUUUUGUGGUAAGAUUUGAGGAAACAUGUAUCCAUGUUUUUCAUGAUGGCAAGUGUAAAAUUGUAAAAUUGAUUUUCUUUCGACA